UUCUUGGUUACCUCAUGCAGGAGCAGCUAGAUGACUGUGUGGCUAGAAUGGAGUCAACUCCCAGAGAGCAGAAGACAGGGAGGCUUGGGUGCAGGAGAUGGUGACAACGAAUGGCUAGGGCUUUCGGGGUAGUUCAAAAGCUUCCACUCUGAGAGAAAUGGUAGCCGCUGGACAACGUGGAGCGGAGUAGGAGUGUGCUGGGGAGUCAUUAGCAAGGGUCUUUCGAGCCAAGAAAGCAGAAGUGAUUACAAGGGCGUGAGUGACAGAGGCCCAUGGAGUGGAGGGAGAGGAGGAGGAAAACACAGGAGGCCAUCCUGGUGGGAGAGAAGUCAGGGGAACACUGUGUCCGGGAAGACUGAGAAAGGACGUCUGGAGGGCGGGCGCGGAGAGGUCUUGGUCUUUGGGAUAGAAUCGCAGAGGUCACUGGUGACAUUGACAAGAGCAGUUUCUGAGGAGAGUGGGUGAAAGCCUGAGCCUAGUGGCUUCUCUGGGGAAUGAGGAGAGAGGUGGAAGCGGUCACUGGCAGUUCUGGAAUGGGGCUGCGACAGCGAGCUGAGCAAAGAGAGACCGUCCAGUUAUUCCGGGGUUGUAGGGGGUGGGAAAUGAUACUGAGUAGGGUGAGAAAAUUGUAAACGUAUUAUAUGUUCCAACAUUACAUAAAGAGUAAAGGGGGCGGACAGUUGCGGGGAAGGUAGUUACAAAGUGGAUAUAAGGCCAAGCUUGGAAGUGGGGAAACAGGGUUAGAUUCCAGAUCUAAAUUUAGAUCAGUACAGGGCCUGGAUGAACCUGCACUGCGGGAACCUGACACCGUGGCCGGUUCACCGGGCAGUUGCCUGGUGCUGCUGGGUUGGCCUCGGUCGGUAACUGGGGUUGGCGCCCAACUCGAUCGGCGAGCCCACCUGUUGCGGUCCGUUUCCCGUGGCUGACCGGGUCAAGCUAGGGCGGCCUAGAGGGGCUGAAGGGCCCCGGGGGCCAACAAGCGGGAGGCCUCUGGCUAAGGUGUCCACUGGGGGAGCCCACAUCGGAGGUGCAGGGCGCUGUCUUGCUCUUGAAUCGCCCUGUGUCACCAGGCCAGGCAUCAACCAGCACCCUCCCCACCGGUCCGGGCACGCCCUCAGCCCACGCCUGGACCUGCCUGGUGUCCGCCCCGCCCUUCUCCCAAUGGGCUCUCCGAAGCCAGCCCGGGUGUCCGUGCUCGGAGCCGCUCACUGUCAAGUUCAUCGGCCGCCCGGAAGCCUCCCGGCCUUCGUGCUCGGAGGGCCUGCAUGGCGGCGGUGGGACCGCGGACCGGCCCGGGUGCCGGGGCCGAGGCGCUGGCGCUGGCGGCAGAGCUGCAGGGCGAGGCGACGUGCUCCAUCUGCUUAGAGCUCUUCCGUGAGCCGGUGUCCGUCGAGUGCGGCCACAGCUUCUGCCGCGCCUGCAUCGCGCGCUGCUGGGAGCGUCCAGGGCCCGGGGCCGCCGCGGCGGCCCGCGGACAGCCCUGCCCACUGCCCUGCCCACAGUGCCGGGAACCCGCGCGCCCCAGUCAGCUGCGGCCCAACCGGCAGCUGGCGGCGGUGGCCACGCUGCUGCGGCGCUUCAGCCUGCCCGCGGGCGUCCGGGGAGAGCUCGGGUGCCCGGAGGCCGCGGCCCGCUCCGCGCCCGCCCGGUGCGCGCAGCACCGCGAACCGCUCAAGCUCUACUGCCAGGAUGACGGGCGCGCCAUUUGCGUGGUGUGCGACCGCGCCCGCGAGCACCGUGCGCACGCAGUGCUGCCCCUGGACGAGGCCGUGCAGGAGGCCAAGGAACUCCUGGAGUCCAGGCUCAGGAUUUUGAAGAAGGAACUGGAGGACUACGAGGCGUUCCGGUCCACGGAAGAGAAGGAGAGCAAGGAGCUGCUGGUGAGCCAGAAGCAGAUGGCCACAGAGCAGGAGAAAGUGGGGGCGGAGUUCCAGGCACUGCGGGCCUUCCUGGUGGAGCAGGAGGGCCGGCUCCUGGGCCGCCUGGAGGAGUUGUCCCGGGAAGUGACACAGAAGCAGAAUGAGAACCUGGUCCAGCUGGGGGGUGAGAUCGCUCAGCUCUCCAAGCUCUGCAGCCAGAUCCAGGAGACAACCCAAAAGCCUGACCUCGACUUCCUCCAGGAAUUCAAAAGCUCACUCAAUAGGUGCAGCAAUGUGCCUGCUCCCAAGCCAACCACAGUCUCUUCUGAGAUGAAGAGUAAAGUCUGGAAUGUUUCCCUUAAGACUUUUGUCUUAAAAGGGCUGUUGAAGAAGUUCAAAGAGGAUCUUCAGGGAGAGCUGGAAAAAGAAGAGAAAGUGGAGCUCACCUUGGACCCAGACACGGCCAACCCACGCCUCAUCCUUUCUCUGGAUCUUAAAAGUGUACGCCUCGGCCCAAGGGCCCAGGACCUGCCCAGUCACCCGCGCCGCUUUGAUACCAACACCCGAGUCUUGGCAUCCUGUGGAUUCUCCUCAGGCCGGCACCACUGGGAGGUGGAAGUGGGCUCCAAGGAUGGCUGGGCCUUUGGUGUGGCCCGUGAGAGUGUGCGCCGCAAGGGCCUCACGCCCUUCACACCUGAGGAGGGUGUCUGGGCACUGCAGCUCAAUGGUGGCCAGUACUGGGCUGUGACCAGUCCUGAGCGAACACCCCUCAGCUGUGGACACCUGUCACGUGUGCGGGUGGCCCUGGACUUGGAGGUGGGAGCUGUGUCCUUCUAUGCCGUGGAGGACAUGCGCCACCUCUAUACCUUCCGUGUCAACUUCCAGGAGCGCGUGUUCCCACUUUUCUCUGUCUGUUCCACUGGCACCUACUUGAGAAUCUGGCCUUGAGGGGCACUAUGUAGAAAGAGCCUCCUCUCCUGUCUGCCUGGGAAGAUAUGGGUGGCUCUGGAAAGGCCACCUGGUUCAACUUGUGUCUACCUUCCACUCUCCUACCCUAGACUGUCCAAGAGUGGUUGCUACAGACACAACCCCAGAGGCACAAGACUGAAUAACUGUGGCUAACAGAGCAGGGGAAAGAAGGCCUUGGAUUGUUAGGGCCUGUCCUGUCUCUGUGGACAGCAUAUGGAUUUGGCCAGAGCCCUGAGGAAGUAGAAGUGGCUGAGGACAGGACCCCAGCUCUUGACAGAGAAGCUUCUUAUCAGAGAACCUGACUACCCUGACUCAGGAGGUCUCUGGUUCAAUGGAGCAAUGAAUGAAACUGGUCCUGUGCUGGCCUCAGUUGCAAGGGGGCAGGUUUGGGCCUGGCCAGCCAGGCUCAGUGUCGCUUCUUUGCCUUCUUAAUAGCUGCCAGCUCUACCUUAUGAGGUCAUGGGACCGCUGGAUCCAGCUGACCUGAUAGAGUUGUCUAUCAGGGAGGAGCACCAUGCUCCUAGCUGGGCCAGAACUGGGAGGAGUUCUUCUGCCCAUAUGAGAGGGAGAAGCCCAGGACAGCAGCACAGAGGCCUCACCAGUCCCCAGUAUCCCAUAGCCUAUGGACACAGAAUGCUGUGUGCACCCUGACCCCAGCGAAACAUGUUCUCACAGAUAUUUAGCCCCCCUUUCCCAGUGCCAAAGUACAGCUUCCCUUAAGAUUAAAGGGAACUUUGAAACAAAAGUUGGUAUUUAUAAUCUUACAGAUGCAACCAGCACCAGCAAAGAAAUGCAUAGAGCACACACACACUCCUGACAGGCCCCCUCUGAAACCCGCCAAAUGUACGCCAAUAGGGAGCAUCCUGGUGCCAAGGCUGGCUCAGCCCGUGUCCUGGAGGGUGGCUGCCUCCUCACCCCUGGGCUAAUUGUUCCCCAGCUUCUGCAUAGCUGAGCUUCCGGAAGGGUGGCGGUGGGCUGUUCCCUGCCCAGUGCUCCCUGAGAAGGGGAUGGGGCAAUGGAAGUAAACACUGUGAGAUUUUCUUGGUUCAUUCUUGACUCCUGGCACUGAGUACCAGGAACACAAGCAUGAGCAAGGUUCUCACCAGAGUGAGCAAGCACAGUGUUUAUGUGUGGGAGGAUCAUGUGUGCGUGUGUGUGUGUGUGUGUGUAUGUGUAGCUCAGAUUUCUCAGGGUGAGUGAGGUAUGGGGCAGAAAGGGGUGGGUAUUUUUUGAACAUGUGUGUUAGGUUUAAGUAUUGCAAACAGACCUAGGUCAGUUUGGUCAUACCCUAUUAUUGAUUUGCAGCCAUUUGCAUAGUUGUUAGUUAUCAACCAUGCCAUAUUUAGGUGAGGGCCACAGUUUUACUUCUCCACAACCUGCCUACCAGGCUAGAUGAAUACCAUCUCAGACGUAAUUUUGUCAUGUAGGUCCCUGAAUGCAUAUGUUGGCAUGCAGGGACCAUGACAGUUGAAUAGUCCUAUCUGCAGUAUCAUGGAACAUCCCUGAGAUGCUUCAAACUCACUGUCUUUUUUUUUUUUUUUUGUGGUUUUUGGCUGGGGCUAGGUUUGUACCUGCCACCUCUGGCAUAUGGGACCG